GAGCCCCCUCCGCCGCGGCGGGACCGCGACAGGUCCCGGUCCCCUCCCGGGGCAGCAGCGGGGCGGGACGGCGCCUGCGCGUCGCUGCCGGAAGCGGCCGCCCGCGGCGGAUGUUGACGCUGCGCGGCCCGCCGAGUGCUGUAUCGAAAUGGCCGAUGAUAACGAAGAUCUGCAGGCAGAUGAAGAGCUCCCGGCUCCAGCUGAGGAGAGCUUUGAGCAGCUGGAGAACGAUAGCCCCGCUGAGCGCAGCGGGCACGUGGCAGUCACUGAUGGACGCUGCAUGUAUGUCUGGGGAGGCUAUAAGAAUGCCCAAGUUAGGGGAUUUUAUGACUUCUAUCUGCCUAGAGAUGAAAUAUGGAUCUACAACAUGGAAACUGGAAGAUGGAAGAAGAGUAAAACAGAGGGAGAUGUUCCACCUUCCAUGUCUGGAAGUUGUGCCGUGUGUGUAGACAGAGUGGUGUACCUCUUUGGAGGACAUCAUGCACGUGGCAAUACAAACAAGUUCUACAUGUUAAAUUCCAGAUCCACGGACAAAGUGCUGCAGUGGGUCAGAGUAGAGUGUCAGGGGGUACCCCCUUCAUCAAAGGACAAACUUGGCGUUUGGGUUUACAAAAACAAGCUGAUAUUUUUUGGAGGCUAUGGUUACUUUCCUGAAGGGAAACAACGGGGAACUUUUGAAUUUGAUGAAACGUCUUUUUGGAAUUCAGGUCUUCCUAGAGGGUGGAACGACCACGUGCAUGUUCUGGACACUGAAACUUUUACUUGGAGCCAGCCUAUAACUACGGGUAAAACUCCGUCACCGCGAGCAGCUCACGCCUGUGCUACAGUUGGGAACAGAGGCUACGUUUUUGGUGGCAGAUACAGAGAGUCCAGAAUGAAUGAUCUGUACUAUCUGAACUUGGAUACAUGGGAGUGGAGUGAAAUAAUCACGCAAGGCAUUUGCCCAGUUGGCCGAUCGUGGCAUUCUUUAACACCAAUUUCCUCAGAUCACCUCUUCCUCUUCGGAGGAUUCACCACUGACAAGCAGCCAUUAAGUGAUGCUUGGAUUUAUUGUAUCAGCAAGAAUGAGUGGAUACAGUUUGAGCAUAACUAUUCUGAAAAACCAAGGUUGUGGCAUACCGCUUGUGCAAGCGAAGAGGGAGAGGUGAUCAUCUUUGGGGGCUGUGCCAACAACUUACUUGCCCAUUCUAAAGCUGCUCACAGUAAUGAAAUACUCGUGUUUUCUCUACAACCAAGAUCUCUCGUAAGGCUGUGCCUGGAAGCGGUCAUCUGCUUUAAGGAGAUGCUGGCCAGUUCCUGGAAUUGCCUCCCCAAGCACUUGCUGCACAGCGUCAAUCAGCGGUUUGGAAGCAACAACACCUCGGGCUCCUGAGGCCUCCGCAGGCACUGCUGAAUGAGCUGCGCCCAGAUGAGCAGCUCUCAGAAGAUGUAAUAAUCAUACCACGUGUGGCAAACGUAAACUUGUAUAGGUUAAAUAUCUGUAUCGUAGGUAGUUGCUUCUUGCCUUUAAGUUGCAUGUGAAUGGCCUAGAGAGAACCUAUUUUUGUGUAAAGAUGUUUGCAAUAAAUGUAUUUAAUGCAAGUGGAGAUGUAGCUUGUGCUUAAGCUAAAACUAAUUCUGGGUUUGUCCACCUUGAAGCAUGCGUGAGGGCCAGCCCCAAGGCGUGCAUGUGUGGAAACACUUGUUACAGAGUCCCUAGCUGCAGACUUUAGCAGUUGCGCAGGAAAUACUGAAGAGGAGUGUUGCUUUAGGCUGGGCUGACGAUUGCUGUGACAGGUGAACAGUCCUGGGGUAGCCUACAGCAUUAGGAAACUGCUUAACAUUCUACCAGAAAUGCUUAUGGUCAGAGAAAUGGGAUUUACAAACUGUACAUUGUCGAGUUGAUAAACUGUCAUAACCCUUCAGCUGUUAAAGCACCACUACUCUGCUUGUUUGUAGUUUGGUGGGUGUUUUUUUUUUUUUUUGGAACUCUUUAUGUUGUGGAACUUCAAUUGUGAACCUUAGGUAGCAGAUAUUCUGCCCUGAGAAGUGUAACUGAAAGUGCUUGAGCCUGUUGUCGGCUGUGUCAGUGACCUGUGGAGCUCCCCUACAGCUGGAGCAGCCGGAGCCACUUCAGCGUGGCAGAGGUACCCCCGAGGGGGCGGUGACAGCGGGGCCAAGGAGCAGGCUGUGCUGCUGCGGGGAAGGGGCGAAACCAUGUUUAAGCUGUCCUCAAAACAAAAUAAAAACACUGACUUCUAGAACAAAA